AUGGACGGUGUGGUGUUCUUUCACGGAGCGUCCCGCUUGGACGCGGCAUGUGAGGAGUCCGGCGCCUUGGUUAUGCCCCGCGACUACCCCAUCCUUUGCGACUAUGAUGCGCACUACAUCCCUACAGCCACGACCAACAACCAAGCCGAGUACGAUGGCCUGCUACGAAGCCUUCAGCUGGCCACGAUCCGCGGAUACAUCCACCUUACGGUAUACGGGGAUAGCCAACUGCUCGUGCGUCAAAUGCAGGGUAUCUGCAGUGCGAGAUACUCCUGGCCCCGCGCCCAGUACCUCCAGGCCCGCCGCCUGGAUGGGCCGGAGUACGGCCCUCUACCAUCACGGCAGCUCGCCCUGCUCUAUGAUUUCCUGGACUUGGAUCUCGCCUUCAACCCUGGGCAGACCCCACACCAUUUGCCCCAUUAG